AUUAACGCAACCACACCCAUUCCACCGGCAUGAAUUUUUCUCUUAGUUCAGCGGCGUUCUCUCAGGGCGGAUAUAUACGUCAACGCAUUCGACCGCGCGAGGAGAUCCGAGAGAAAGAGAGAGAGAGAGAGAGAGAGAGAGAGAGAGAGAGAGACAACUGAUAUUUACCGAUACCGUUACUCAAGUAAAAAAAAAUAUAUAUAUAUUAAUUAAUCCAACUUGCACGUUUGUGCAGACUCGUUAACCGUGACCGAGACGAUCGUGCUUCACACGUGAAUAGUUUGUAUCGGAGUCCAAAACUAGUCGGAUUCCUCAGGACCUUCGGCAAUCUCCAAAGAUUCGAGAGGCCGAGAAUGGGGGAGCAGACGAUGACGACGGCGACGCUACCGACGAGCACUUCGUCUCCGUGCUCCAGCGAGAUCUCUGCGAAGGUGGACGACUGCGCGGUGCAGGGUGCGGUGGAGCAGUGGCUGGAAAACGAGGCGUUUUCGGGCUUUCGAGUCUGGCAGCUUGCCGGUAUUGUCCUCUCCGUGCUGUUGUCCAUCAUGAUCGGCCUCUGCUGCUGCAUCCGCUUCCGCGUGCCCCGCACCAAGCAAGAGAUCGAGGCGGACUACAUUCGGAAGAGGAUCACCAGGAGCUUCCGGCGUGAGCUCUCGAAGAUCAGCAACACGGAGAUGGACGAGAUGGACUUACAGAAAGCUCUGGACAGAAUCCAAAAUGAGGGCGACGCCCCGGUGGCGAAGGAGCGCGCGGACGUGUCGCAGGACUGUCGGGCCGCUCAGCGUUGCUUUCGAUCCAGAUUCAGCGCCGUCUUCGACGGCAUGCGUGCGCGUCUCGGUCAGCGCCAGCACGCCGUGAAGUCGAGCGUCAUGAUAUGAAUAAUCGGCACGCGUUCUUGAUAUAACGGGUGCACACGCGUUAUUUGUUUAUUUGUGUAAACGGGGCAACCUUUCCUUCUGACGAUAUAGAAGAAGGAUGAAAGAGAAACGGGGAAGAAAAUGGUUACAGGAAUUCAUGAAUAUUAUCUGUUUACUCAGUUCUAUAUUUAUAGUCCGAUCUCUUAUUUAAGGUCGUUUUAAGUUCAUCUUCAAAUGUUCCCUUCGUACGCGGAAAAAAAUGAGCAUCAAUUUAAGAUUUAUAUUCUCAGCGAAAAUAUAUAAAAUAAUUGAAAAAAAUAACGACUAUUAAAUAUUCUUUAUAAAAUAUCCUUGAAUUUUUUCCGUACAGCCAAUAAAAUAUCUAAAGAUGAACUUGAGACGAUCUUAAAUAUAAGAUCUGAUUAUAAAUGAACGUCGAUUUUAGAAUUAUUGUCCGGCAAGCCGAAGUGUCACCCAAGGUAACACCCAAGUUACUUCGAGUCACGUAUAACAAACGGUAUCAGUAGGAGCCUAAGACAGAUACCCAGAUCCAUGUGAAAAUCUAUUCCUACCAGAGAAUUUAUCGUUAAAUGCAGUUUACUUCGUCCACGUGCAGAGAUUUCGUGUGAAGCGACGCGUUAUUGUCAAUAUCGUUAUUUCACUAUCGUAUGUUCUUUCGAAUACACAGUCGUCUAAUCCAGAUGUUCGGUUUCCUAGUUAUUAAACUUGUAUAUCGAUGGUGCUAUUACUAACGACUCGGUAGAAGUAGAAUCUCUGGGAAGAUCUUUGGGAGAGAUCGAGAAACAAGUUGAGAGGAGAGCGCGAAAAGCGCGCAAAGCCGAGCGUGAGUUCCGGAAGGGGAGAGUCAGCGUCGGGCAUUAAUAAAUUGUGUGUGACACUUUCAUUGACUAAAUAUAAUCUUUAUUUCAUAGAUAUAUUUUUACACAAAUUUAUUUACUUUUAGCAUGCAACAGUGAUCUAUAGCAACGGAUAAUAUGCUUUAGAAAGCACUCCCACGGUAUGUGUAUGUGUGUGUGUGUGUGUGUGUUUGCAUAUCGUAUGUGUGUCUAUGUUUUAUAGUGUGUGUACUUUUUUCUACCGUGUCGAGAUUGCUAUCGAUUAAAUCCUUUAUAUCGAUUAAUUAUUUGUACUCUCUCGUUUAACUGCUUAUCUUAUUUUACCGCACACCGAUUGUUCAUAUCUGUUUAUCUGUAAUCAAUAGAAUUCAUCGGAAACUAUUUGGAUUUAAUAAUUUAAUAAUCAGUGACAAUAUGCGGCGGUGUUGAUACGAAAUCGAAGUGUAUUAUGAAAAAAAAAAAAUCGUACCAAAAGUAUAAGGUGAAAAAAAAGUAACGGAAAGAGAACGAUACUCGAAAAAUCGAGAAAGGAUUGCGACGUGCAACGAGAGACGUCGAUGUGUCACCGGGUACUGAGCGAAUAUGCAAUUCCUGUCGAAGUUCCUGCACCGAUGGUGCAUUUACUAUCGCGCUUUGCGAACCUGCUUUGUUUUUUUCUCGAACUACGACGAUUUUACUGCGCGCAAUUUCCUCGGUUCUGAAGUCACCUAACUGACAUGGUCGCAGUAAGAUAUUUCGGAGGAAUCUUAAGGCGAUUUUGUUUUUUGUUCGUGCGAGCGACGAUCACGAGACAAUCUCCUUUUGAUAAAUAAAUAAAAUGCAGGAGACGAGGAAGCUUGACAAAAUAAAAGGCAAUGGAAGAUGCGUGUUUAUGAAAAUGAUUUAUUUUUUUAUCCGGAAAACAUACAAGAGGUGGAUCCUGCGCGGAAUCGUUGUAUACGACGAAAACGAUAACUUGUUAAUUCCGCAACAUAAUUAUAAACAACUUUAUAAUUAUGGCAACAUUAAAAAAAAAUGUAUCACUCCGUUGUACGCUUCGGCAUGUAAAUAAAAAAAAAGGGGAAGAGAAGGGGGAGGGGGACUAAUUGCGAUUGCCGAUUGAUUGAUUGAGCGAGCGAGCGUCCGGACCGAGAAUCGCAGCGAGAAGCGAAUCCAUCGGGAAUACCAAUCCAUGCAACGUACACUGAUUUGAUUAUCUCAACCCUGCGCGCGACAGUCGUCGCAAAGUUAUACUCGAGCGAGUGGGAACGAGUGUGUAUAUGUACGUUAUCAACUGCUUCGUAUUAUCAUAAAUAAUAGCGGCUACUAUUAACUAAGAAACAAAGUAGGAACCAAACAAUAAAAAAUACAUAAAAAAUUUGGCGUCGCCUAUCGACGGCGUUCGAGCGCGCUGAUAAUUGUUCGAAUCGCAUGACAUCUCUUAGUCGACUCAUCAUAUCGAGGGUUGUUCAUCGACGUGACUGUUCAAUCAUUACUCGGUCAUAAUCCGAAGGACGAUUGACCUAUCAUCGCUCUUGUAUCGCGUGUGUGCGCACGAUUCUAAUGAAGAAAUUUUAAUCACGAUGCAUGACAAAAUCUAACAUGGGUGACGUAAUCUUAACUUUCCGACGAGUCUUUCUCUCGUAACUUUCGUCUCGACGGGAAUUUAUGCGAGAAAAAUUAUUUGAGGUAUACUCGAGAUAUAUACCUGUACAAUCUCUUCGAUUAGCGAAGCGAGGUAACCGAGGUUACCUCUCAGAGCGGCUUCUCCGUCUCGUUCAUUUUAAUAUCGUGCGAAUUAUUCUCUCCGCGACAUUUUAUGUAUCGUUACUUCGCCGAGCGUGCUCCUCCUCGAUGACGAUAUCAGAAAUCAAGGCUAUCCGAAACAAUGCUCUGUCACGCCUCUGUUAACGGGAAAUCAACUCGGAAAAUUCAUUGAGGGGGGGGGAUUAUAUAUCUGCUCGUUAGACGCAUAGAUUUUUCUUUCAAUGUCUUUGGAUCCUUACAUUCUAGAAUCUUCGAAUGCUUCGAUUAUUGUUGGAUCGCGCUAUCUGUGACAGUAGCCUGGAUCCUUACGCUCUACGAUGUUGAAGUCCUUAAAUUUUAAGAUCUCUGAAUCCUUACGUUCUAAGAUCUUUGCGUACUUAGAUUCUAGGGUCUUUGGAUUGUUAUAGGUUUUUAGGAUCUGCGGAUCCUUAGAUUCUAGGAACUGUGGAUCCUUACACUCUACGAUCUUUAGGUUUCUUGGGUGUUACGGAAUUUUUGCGCUCUUAGAUUCUAGGGUCUUCAAGUAUCCUUUUUUUUCUGAGGUCUGUGAUAACGGAAACGAGCGAAGAUACGGAAACUCAGUGAGUCCGAUGGAUCGUUUAAGCGACUAUUAAAUGACACAGGGUGCCCAAGAAGCCCCGAUCCGCUUCUUAAGUAAUCCCUCUAACAGUAAUCACUAGCAUCGAUUUUGUCUCCGACCUGGAAGAAUAUCUGUCGUCCUCUCGUGCCCUACCCGCCUCCAACGAUAGAAAAUCAAU